UCGAUCGAUCUCUCAGUCAUGGCUGGCGCCUCCCGCAUCCAUGGGCGAUAAGAUACCGGUGUCGGCUCAGGACAGCACGGCCGAGCUGCUGACGCCGCUCGACCUCGGCUCGCGGCCCAAUGGCGAGGCUGAGGUGCGACUGGCCGGCCGCCAUCACAGGCGCGGUGGUCGGUGCUGGUACCGACUCAGCGUACUGGAGAAGAUCCUUCUGCUGGUGGUAGUACUGCUGCUGCUGGGAUGCACCGCCCUCCUACUAAACCUAGCACUCGUUCUUUCCCGCGAACGGUCGAUGCUAGAGCGGGCGCUAAGCGCCGGAUCAGUCUCAAAAUCUUCUGCCGUCAACUCCAAGCCCAACUCCAACUCCGACCCCAGCCCGGAGCCGGAGCGAUGUCUGACCCCGACGUGUCUGCGCGUGGCCUCGCGCGUGCUGGAUCGGAUGGACCUGACUGCCGAGCCGUGCACGGACUUUUACCAGUACGCGUGCGGCCGGUACGUGCGCACCCACGCCGUACCCAGCGACGCCUUCUCCAGCUCCAGCCUGCAGCAGAUGCAGGAGCAGAUGCUGGUCGACAUCAAAAAGCUCAUUGAAGACCAUGAAGUAUCAGAAAACAUACCAGCUAUCAAGAAGGUGGAGAAGCUUUACUACUCUUGCGUCAACAUCAGCAAGGACCCGGCCACGGAUCUGGAGCUGACUAAUGACUGUCUGAUGUCUCUUCCUCUCCGUGCGCCAGGCAAGGACCCGGCCACGGACCUGGAGCUGACCCGGGCCGUGGUCGGGGUGGAGCUGGCCCGGCUGGGCGGCUGGCCGCUGAUCGACCCCGACUGGGAGGCGGAUCGGUUCAACCUGACCGACCUCAUCACCCGGCUGCACAGUGUCAAGGUCUACAGUCUGCUCGAGGUGCACGUCAACUCGGACUCGCGCGACACGUCCACCUACAUCAUGCAGCUGUUCAAGGGCUCGCCGCUGAUUGAAGAGGACUACCUGCUGAACAAGACGGACGCCCACGCGCGCCGGAACCUGGCCGCCUACCGCCAGCUGCUGAAGGACACUCUGGCGGUACUGGCCGACCCCUCGUCCGACACCGACCAGCAGGCCAAGGAGAUGAUCGACUUCGAGAUCGAGUUCGCCAAGCUGCUGGGUCAGACCUCGUGUGAAGACUCCUCGGUGCUGCUCAACACCACUGACUCGGACGUCCAGCUGGCGGAGCAGAGUCGACUGACUCUGCACGAGCUCACCGAGCUCACUCCCUACUUUGACUGGUCGGCGAUGCUGCAAAACUUUCUAGCGGUGAACAACAUCAGUCACGACAUGCGGAUCGUCGCCGUAGACUGCAAGCCGUUCGUCCAGGCGGUCUCGAAGUUCGUCAACAGCAGUCCAAAACGAGUGGUAGCCAAUUACCUGGUUUGGCGCUUUAUGUUCAAGAACAUUCGCUUCAUGGGCCAGCAACUGCACGAGAUUUGGCAGGAUUUCCGAAAACAGGUCCCUAAUCUAUACGAAGAGCGGGUCUACUCUGUAAGAUGGAAGGGAUGCGCGGAAUUGGUGGAGAAAGGUCUGGGAAACGUCCUCUCCUACAUGUACAUCCAGCAUUACGAUAAACACGGAAUUAAAGCCAAGGUUGAAGAGAUGAUCCAUCAUGUCAAACAAGCUUUCCGGGAGAGCCUUCUUAGCGAAGACUGGAUUGAAGCAGACAUGAAAGCAGCGCUAGUCAAAAAGCUAGACAUGAUGGGUCAGAAGAUUGCGUACCCCAACUCCGUGCUGAACAUAACUGCUCUCAAUGAAGAGCUGGCCGAUCUGCAUUUUGACGACCAGCACCUACUGAACAACGUGCUGCGACUGCGGAACCACGAGGUGCUACAAGACCUGCAGAAGCUGCUGCGACCGGUGGACAAGGACAGAGAUUGGGUUGUCAGCCCAUUGCAAGUAAAUGCAUUUUAUUCGCCCAUGCACAACGAAAUAUUAUUUCCACUCGGAUUUCUGCAAGAGCCGUUCUUUGGCUUGGAUUAUCCAGCCUUGGCCAACUUUGCUAACGUGGGUGUGGUCAUCGGGCAUGAGCUAACGCAUGGGUUCGACAAUCACGGUCGUCGCCACAACUGGGGAGGAAACGUGACCAACUGGUGGUCAGAGAAGCUACUGACAGAUUUCACCAGGCGCGCCAUGUGCAUCGUCAAACAGUACUCCAAAUAUAAACUGGAUGUCGUCGGCAAAAACGUGGAUGGUAACAAGACGGUGGGUGAAAAUAUGUGUGACGGGUCCGGUCUGAAGCAGGCUUUCAACGCGUGGCGAAUGUAUCGACAGGGCCAUCCAAAGGAACCCAGCCUGCCCGGCCUGAACAUGACCGACGAGAAACUCUUCUUCGUAUUCUACGGGCAGAUCUGGUGCGAGGUGGUGAGUCGCGAGGGCUGGGAGAAGUACGCCGUCGACCCGCACAGCCCGGGUCGGUACCGGGUCAGCGGCGUCCUGCAGAAUUCACGCCAGUUCGCCGAGACCUUCAACUGCCCGGUCGGAUCACCAAUGAACCCGCUAGAGAAAUGCGAUGUCUGGACCUAGAGAACCAGUCGCUGUCUCCCCACUAGCAGUUGGAGGGCCCUCCGGACGUCAUCUCUGUAUAGAAAUGGAUUUUUAUGCGUUUCCGCGGUAUAGCGCUAGACAAAAGACAGGAGACAUGCUCUUUUUUUCUUAAAGAAGUGAGCUGCUUAUCUUUGACGCUUUCCAGACUACGAUUCGUCUAAUGGAUUUGACUGCUAUUUAUCGUUAAAGUCAAUGUACUUGAUUCAUUACAAUCGAAGAUGGAUGCACAAAUAGAAUGCCAAAAUGAUGGGCGAUGAAGUCCUCAUAAGCGCACAAAGGAGGCAUCGCAGGUGUAUGCGACCGAGUGUGUACCCUUUUCACUCUCAGAUCUCUAACGUGACCUCUUCUGCGCUCGAAGUACAACUGGCAGGAGGAUGUCACACGUAUAGUCAAUGAAUUGUGGGUUGCUAGUGAUGAUUGGCAGGGGAAUUUUACUCUCCGCAAUUGUUGCCCUGGGUGAGUGCAGGCGCUUUGCUAGGUGAAAGGAACGUAUGCGUGAGUGUAAAUGUGCAGGAUAUUUCACCAGUUCUUACAGAGUCGGCAGGCCGCUCUCAUCUCUACUCUGUCUGUAUACUUCUACUCUUCUUGUGUGGUCAUCAACCGGCCAGAGAGUAAAGUCCAUAAGAAUGUGCGUUCCUUGUGUCCGAUGAAUUUCAUGGAAAUAUGGUUAUUUCAUGUAGCUAUAAUAAGGAGUUACAUACAAGCAGUUUAUAUUGUAAGCAGUAUUAUAUAUUAUAUAAGUUAUUAUAAGCAGUUUCACCAGGAUGACCAAUUAUAUUUUCAACCCUUGAAAUAUCUCACCGUCUCAUAAAACAUGACACAAAGACAACUUCUCAAAACUAAGCCACCUCAUGUUAUGAUAUGUUAUAGCACAGGGAAAGAAAGAUAAGAGUAAGGCUGUUAAACAAGAGUAACGAUAUGCUGCAUUAUUUCUCUUCUGAGCGUUGAAACACAACUUUUCAUGUUGUAACUGGUGUAAGAAUAUCAAAACUUUUAAUGAGAUUCAACAUCAACUUCAGUUCAUUCAUUCUGUUCGAGAAAUGGGCGUAACAGUAACAACAUACUUUCCAAGACAAAGCAUAAGGUUUUUUACGAAUUGUUGUUCUAACUCAUUAAACGCCACAAUAUAUAAGCUCAGAAACUGUAAAACACGUCUUCCACUUUCCACGGCGACAUUGCUGAAAUCAAACUAUGAAACUUAUUUGAUGUCACGAGCCUACAAAUACUGGAUUAUGCUGUAAUGCACAGUUCUAGAGGAUAUUACACUUUAUUUGUUACAUGAACGUUGUUUUACGUUUGUUAAAUUUCCAUGUAACGUUUGGCUGUGUGCGUGAUCACCAAAUUGCAUAGGCGGUAGCUAAAGGCCGAAAGUUUGAUCGUGCGUGCAGAAAUGUUCCAUGUACUGUUCGUUUACUCAUAGACAAGGAAGUAUGCAUAGACGUUAUAGCACCGUUAAAGUACUCUACUAUUAUUGCAUGUAUUGUAACCAUUUCAUGCCAUUGCAGUUACUUUGAUUCCAUUUUGGAUCUAGAAUAACCUGACCUAUAAAGUUUUAUAUUAAAAAUCACUUAUAUUUCGACACUCAUUCAACCAAAUUGAUCUGUCACCGAAUGGAUACCGAAUGGACAUGUUUGUACGUAACGCUAGCACAUCAUUACCCCUUUCGAAAUUGCCUAUUUUGAAGUAUAAAAAGCUUCAAAUAAACACAAGAUAACAGGCAUUGCGGUUCAAGGUUAUCUUGUCGUUAGGUUCAUCGCAACUUUCCAUAUUUUUGUGGUUAUUCUAAUUUUGAAUUUAAAUCUACGGAUGUGCUCUUGCCUCUUCUAAUAACAGAAGCUGAUAGAUUUCCCCACAUUUAAUUUCGUUUAUGAUACCGAUUAGUGAAUUUGUCUCUACAUAUGGUGGUUACGUAAUACGUAAUAUACUUUGGCUCAGUCUAUCCAAAAUAACGAUCAUUGCUGUUACACACCAGGUACGAAAUAGUAGUCCAUUAGGUGGUGAUUUCUCAAUUCAAAUAAAGGGGUUUCUUUUACGCUGGUGUUUCAGCUUAUUGUAUUCCGCUCCGAAUAGAUAAAGCCUUGAACAUUUUUAUUAUAUCUUUCAUCAUUUUCAUCUUAUUCUAGUUGUUUGCUACGCGUAUUUAAGAACGUCUCGUGCCAGAAAUGUCCUAUUUAUAUGUAUGCACAUUCCCUUUAUGGGUCUGACUGGUGGUGUAAAGAGGUGUUCCUUUAACGCGAUGUUGUAAAUUUUAUCUCUGUUUAUAAGUAGUCCAAAGUAGUUUCUUAUAUGUAGACGGCUACCGCGAUCUCUUUCAGAGCACGCUGGACGUUUGCCCUCUAUUCACUCAUCAGCCAGUCGGUCGUUCCUAUAUGUGGGUAAUGAUAAGUUGCCGUUACGUGUAGUGCUGCAUGGUGUUACCAUGUAUGUACUUUUGGAAUAAAAUGUGGCUGGAGCUCU